AUGAGACAUGCCGUUUCUCAUCCUACAAGAGCAUUUCCUUCCAGUUUUGUGCAUUACAAUGAAACUGAUAAAUCCUUUCUCGUAUAUACGCCUGGCUGUAAAAUUCCUAAACUUGACCCAUUUGAUUUCACUGUGAGACGAUUUUAUGUGAAAAUGCCCGAAGCUUAUGACUGUGGACCAAAUAAACCUGUAUUUCACGUAGAGGAAAAUGGGAUGGUCUCUCUCGAUGAACAUAUUCUUUAUAAGCAACACAAAGUGUUCAAAAAUCAAACCGAUUGCUUUUUUUAUCCAAUCAUAAGGAAAACUAGUGGUAGAAAGCCGGACGACACAUAUAUUCUAGGUAAAAAGCAUGCAAUGAUAUUUGAUCUUCCAAUAGAAGAUGAUUUUAUUCUUUUAAAGUGUCAAUCGGGAAACAGAACAUUUCUUACAACAGCUCUAGCCCUUACUCCUUUGAAACCUGAAGUUGAAGAAAGAUGUUCCUCUGCAGCUCAACAUUUCAACACUGGAAAAGAUAAUAUCAAUGUUGUAAUUGUUGGUAUUGAUUCGAUAUCAAAAUUAAAUUUCCUCCGAUACUUCCGCAAGACUCUUAAGAUCCUCCGCAGUGAACUUUCAGCAAUCGAGUUGAACGGAUACACAAAAGUAGCUGAUAACACUUAUCCUAAUUUAAUACCCUUUUUAACUGGUCAUCAGAGAAAUUAUUACAAGCCAAAAGAAAAACGUUUUGGUUUCUAUGAUGAUGUUGACUUAGUCUGGAAAAGGUAUUCAGAAGUUGGAUAUCGAACGUUAUUCUCAGAAGACGCCCCCAGCAUGGGGACUUUUGUACUGAAUCGUCGUGGAUUCCAGUAUCCGCCAACAGAUUAUUAUAGUCGCCCAUAUUCAAUUGCUGUUGAGUCUUUAAAUUUGCGACAUAAAACUCACUGCAUUGGUUCUGUAUUAGAAACAGAAGUUUAUUUUAAAUAUUUGAGAAAUUUUCUCUCGUUGAUGGCGAAUAAACCUGUUUUUACAUUUACAUUUAUGGCCAGAUUGACUCAUGAUAUCUUAAAAUACGCUGCUUAUGCAGACAAACCUUCUUAUGAAUUGAUAAAUGAUUUAAAGGUAUCUGGUAUGCUGAACAGAUCUUUAUUAAUAUUUUUCAGCGAUCAUGGCAUACGAUUUGGAGACAUUCGACAAACUUAUAUCGGUAAAAUUGAAGAGAGAAUGCCAUUUAUGUUUCUGGUAUUUCCUGAAUGGUUCUUGAAAAAGUAUCCUUCUUACGCAAAAAAUCUUGAAAUUAACCGAAAUAGAUUAACAACGCCAUAUGACAUCCAUGCGACACUUCUACAUCUCUUGGACAUUCAGCAAGAAAAUUUCUACACCCUUCAUGGUCAAAGCGUUUUAACAGAGAUAUCCCCGGAGAGGACAUGUGCAGAUGCUAACAUUGCAAAACAUUGGUGUGUGUGUCAAUCUCAUAAAGAAGUUUCGACAAAUGACACUAGAGUACGACAAGCAGCUCUAGCAAUUACACGAAAGUUAAAUAAAUUGCUUAAACCAUAUUUCAGAAUUUGCGUGCCUCUAAAACUGGGGAAAAUCUUGGAUGCGAGAAUUUCACAACCUGUAGGGGAAUUUUUGGAGAUGCCUGGAAAGGAUUACUUAAUUACUCUGCUUACUAUUCCAAGUGGUGCUAUUUUUGAAGCAACGGUUCAGGUGCGGAAUGAUCAAUUCGAAGUAUUUGAUGAAGUUAGUAGACUCAACAAAUAUGGGACACAAUCUGAUUGUGUCCACGAUGCUAUAGUAAGAAAAUAUUGCUUCUGCAAUAAUUAUUUACCAAAAAGGUGAUUGUGGUGUUCAUUUGUAAGAUUUGGGAACUCGUGUAAAUGCAUUUUUUUACGAAACUAUUUUUAUAAAUUGAAUAUAAAAUAGCAAAAGAUAUUUUUUUUAAUGAUUUCAUUUGUAUUUGAUUAACAUUUUUCUUUUAAUAUUAUGUGUUCAGUGCUAUUUAAACUAAA